AUGGCACUGCUCGCACCCCCUCCUGCAUGCGGUAAGGACCUAGUGGCUGUAACUUGCAGCGGUACACUCUGGGAGCCUCCUGAGGGAUCUAAAAUGUCUACACCUAAUCCAUUUACUUGUAGACGAUUCGAGGAGUUUGGCCAGCCAGGGCUACCGGAAUUAUCCGGUAUUGUGUACGAAGGAGAAUAUAAGGUUGCAGUGUCCCCGUUCGCAGGAUCGCAUUGUCUGCAACUUGAGAAGGCUCCCCCACGUUUGUAUAAAACGUGCGAUCUUGAGAUACCAUCUGAUAGAAGAGGUAUCGGAGCAGCCUUAGAGAAACGUAUAAAGAGUAGGCUUACGAUGAUAGGAAUCAGGGAGAAACGCCAGGGCCCUCUUGGCCUGGUAUUCGACUGCUUCGCCAUGAAGGGGGCAAAUGUGUGGACUUAG